GCCGGCCACAUUCCAGCGAGCGAUGAAUGUGACAUUUCAGAAUUUUGUUAACAAGACUCGACUGACGCAGGGGAUGAUCAAUUUUUGCGUCAUUGUGUACAUGGACGACAUCCUGGUCUAUCCGGAAUCCUACCACGGACACACGCAGCACAUCGAGUGGACACUGGGAGCCUUGAGGGACGCCGGAUUCAAGAUCGCGCUGGAGAAAAGCGAGUUCUUUCUCCCGGAGAUUUCGUUUCUGGGUUACGUGGUGACUCGGGGUGGUUUGCGGCCCGAUUCGAGAAAGGUCGAGGCUAUCCGAGACGCUCCGACUCCCACGUCACUGACGCAGGUUCGAGCCUUCCUCAGACUGGCUUCGUAUUAUCGGCGAUUUAUCAAAGGGUUCGCCGCUACCGCACGACCUUUAACGAACCUGCUACGGAAGGACCAGCCCCUCAGAUGGGAGGCGGAGUGCGAACGGGCCUUUGUCACUCUCAAAGAGGCCCUGGCCACAACACCUAUUUUGAUCCGGCCGGACCCAACAAAGCAGUUCAUCCUUAUGACAGAUUGGCAGCCCGAGGCAAUUUCCGCUAUUCUAGCACAGAAAGGGAACGACGGACGCGAGCACGUCAUCGAGUACGCCUCCCGUACUGUACCAGAUGAACGAGGGAACGAUUCGGCCCCGCAAGGAGAGUGCUACGCGGUGGUUUGGGGAAUCCAGCACUUCCAUCCGUAUCUGUACGGACAAAAGUUUCUCCUUGUUAAGGAUCAUGAGCCGCUAUUGGCCCUCAAAAGGCUCACAAAUUACACGGGCAUGAUUGGACGGUGGGCAGUGCGGCUACAGGAGUACGAUUUCGACAUCAUCCAUUGGAAGACAGAGAGGCACAAAAAUGCGGACGGGUUGACGCGACUGCAUCAUCCAACGAAGGUCGCCAAAGUCCCGCUCAUCAAGCCGUUGCAAUGGGAAAUAUGGUGUGAAGAGUACUCCACCCUUUCUCUAUGCCUAGUUGGGAUCGCGCUGACGUGCACUCAAGACAGUGAGCACCGCGCCGCGAGUGAGAGUGUGGAGGUGCUUAUCAUCCAAGCUUGGAGGAAAGACGUGGAGGGAGACCUUUUCGGGUUCAUCUUCAGAACAGUAGACCCGGGACAUCGACAGACGAUCGUGUGGGAGCUCUUGGUCCCCUUCCCGCAGCUGCUCGAAGAUCUUCCAACCGACAUCGUCUCGCAUUGCGACGAGAAUCCGGCGCCGCACGUGCUUUCGCGGAAUUUAACGCCGUACUUGCAAUGGUCGGCCUGUCUGGAGGAUCGCGGGGGAGGCGGUAGCUGCCCAUCGCGCGCAGAGUAUCUGAAUCCCCGAGGCAUAAUCAACGUUCUCUUCUUUCAGCCCCGAACGGCGUCGAAGGAGGAAGCGGUAGAGGAGGAAGCAGCGAAGGAGGACAAGGAGGAAGAGACCUCCGAAGAAGAGGGAAGCUAUAGCGAGUACAGCGAAAAAGAGUUGGGGGCGUUGAGCAAAGAAGAAGAAGAAGAGGAAGAAGAAGAAGGAGAGGAAUCCGAGUGGGAAAGUUUGGAAGGAGAGGCCGACCAGGCGGAAGUCCAAGGAGAGGAUCCCGCGACACGCGAAGGAGGGAAGAAAUAGCGGCAGGGAAGCGGCCGUUAGAGCAUUCAAGCGACACAGA